AUGAUCGAGGUGGUGCUCAACGACCGCCUGGGGAAGAAGAUCCGCGUCAAGUGCAACGAGGACGACACCAUCGGCGACCUCAAGAAACUCGUCGCGGCGCAGACCGGCACCAGGCCCGAGAAGAUCAGGAUCCAGAAGUGGUACAACGUCUACAAGGACCACAUCACCUUGGAGGAUUACGAGAUUCACGACGGCAUGGGUUUGGAGAUGUACUACAACUAG